AUGGCUCCCAACCUCUUCAUCUUUUUCCGCAAUCUCUUUUGCCCUAUUUAUUUGUUCCAAAAGGGGGAGCGUCUGGAGGGCUCGAUCACCAAGGAUGAGCACUGGGACUCGCCCGUGCCGGGCACCUAUCGAUACAUACCCAGCCGCGGGUGGCAUCUCAUCCGACGAGAUGAUGCCGAAGAGGACGAGAAGGAACCCCAGCCAGUUGUCUAUUGUCGCAUCGUCCACCGCUACCUCCUCGCCUCCGAUAUGGAACGGCGAUGCCGCUGGUACACUGUCGUCCAGGAGGAGGGCGGCGAGCCCGAGCGGUGUCUCUUCUUCCGUUUGGACGAUGGUUAUACGUGGGUGAUCGGAUGGGACAAGCGGGGGAAAUUCAUCCCGGGACCGUACCGCAGGUGGUGUUACGACAAGGAAGCCAUGACCAUGCGACGAAUGGACUCAAUGAGCAGGCGUCAGGCGUUCUUGUGA